AUCAAUUAUCUGUCAAAACAUGUGUCAAACUACACGUACCUAUUGGUACCUAUUUGAUUCUUAUUUCAUGUUUUAAUUUAUAUUCCUAAUAAUUAUUCCUGCAUUCUUUUAGUGUUGCUUUAUAACGAGUAUUUUAAGAAGUGAAAAGAAAGUUAUGUCUUAAGUGAAAGUUAGAACAGAAGUAGAAGACUAGGAACAUGUCCACGUUUACCGGUUUCAGCGAGGAAGAUUUGAAGCGGAUAAAGUCUACAGAAUCUGGUCCAAACAGCGGUCCACCACAAAGACUGUUAAAUGCUCGCAAGAUAGACAAAAUAGGUGCCAGGCCCAAAAAGCAACUGCCACAAUACAAACUGCCAAUAUUGAAAAGCCAAAGUCCUGAAGAUGCAAUAGAUGUAGCUUUUGACAAAUGCAAGCUCAGUUUAAAACAAAAUUCUGUUGAAGCUGUGGAGCAACAAAAUGGGGAAGAAGUUGAAAAUGGUUCAACAGAGGGGAAUACUGUGGAAUCAAAUGACCUCAUAGAUACUGUCAUAGAUUCUAAAAGCGAUACUGCCACAGAUUCUAAAAUCGAUACUGCCAUAGAUUAUAAAUCAGAAGAAGACACGAGUAGAAAGAGCAGCACAAAUGUAACACCAGAUGUAGUGAGAUGCAUAGAGAACUACACAGAAGAUGAUCUAGUGUCACAUAGAGUUAAGUUAGAAGAAUUGCAGUUGCAGCAGAAGCUGAUGGAAGAACAGAAUAAGAAGAGGAAAGAAAUGCUUGCUAAGGCAUUGGCUGAUAGGACGAAACAAACAGAAGAAGAGGUUCAGAAACUAGAGAAAAUAAAGAAAGAACUGCAAGUACUGGACGGGCAGUUCUCACAGGAUGUCGCAGUUUUGAGGAAGAAGAUAGACCAAGCGUGUCUGAGUUACGCUGAUGCAGAAAAACAUUAUCUAAAAGUCGAAAAGGAGUUUCUACAGGCAAAAAUAAGUCUUCAAAAGGAAAAAGAGAGAAAAGAGUUAUUGACUGAGCAUCUUUGUGCCUUGAUCACACAUAACGAGACUAGGAAAGCGCACAAACUCGAAACGCUGAUGCUAGAACUUGCCACUAAUAAAAACGAUUGUAUUAAUGCUAUGGCCACACCCGUGGAAGAUACGUCAUCUGUUAUUAUUAUUGAUGGUGUUGAUGAGAGGACGGGAAAAAUGGUUGAGAUUUUACCGGAAAGUUGAUUUAUAACAUAGUUUAAAUAGUUAGGCUGGCCACACACUGGCUACUAUCGCUCUAGAAAGUAUAACUCGUGUUUAUAAAGAAACGAAAUGAAGCGGUGCUAAUUAUUCCGUCUUACUCACACACUACACGGGUAUAGUGUGCAAGUGAGAGGGAAUGAUUAACGCCAUUACGAUUGGUUUACUUAUGAUACCAGUUACACUUGAUUUACAAUCUAUUUUUCCUUUGAUGAUUUUAAUGGUAUACAAAUGGCUUCGCAGAAAAGCGUGAGCGACACUUUAUGCACGGCGCUUAGGACAUUAUUGCCACGAACUAACAAUUUAAUUGUGAUACAAGUGAAAAUAAAAUUAGAUCGUCUAAAGCGCUGGGAAAACAGCGUCGCUUACGCUUUUUUCUAAAACAUUUACCUUUUAUGUCAGCUAAGAAAAAAACAGAAUAUGCUCAAAUAGAUAACGCAAAGAGUAAUUGAUUUGGCUGAUUCUUACGCAAUCUCAACUAAAAUGAAAGGUUUAAAUGUAUUGCUAUCUCUGUCCCAGUGCAUCCUGCGGAAAAGGAUAGCAAUUGAUUUGACUUGUCAGUUUAGUUUAUCCACUGUGUAGAACAGAAUUCACCUCUAUGUAUGUGGCCAGUCUUAAGGUUUCCACCCACUAGUUUCAAUUUUUAUAAGGUAAAAAAGAGAUUCAAUUGCCAAAUAAACUAACUGCUGUUUGAUAUUUUCAUAGUUUCCAAUACAAAAACUGACAAAAUUCAAGUUAAACACUAUUUGGCAACCAAAAAUUGGCCUUUAAUCUCGAAUUUGUCCCAUAUUUUAAUAUUCUUGAAAGAACUAAAGUAAAGUUUAAUUUAACAGUCAAUAAUAUCUUGGGUUACAAAAGCAUUUAAAUUGAAUUUUCAAGUGAAUAAGUAUAAGUACAGCUGUCAUAAAGCGCAAAUUAAUUAUUUAACUUCAUUAUUGAGUGGGUGGAGACUUUUAUUUUAUUUGGUAACUGUACCGCACAACGAAUUUUAGAACUUAUUCCAAAUACAAUACGGUGCAAUUUUCUAAUGUACUAAGUGCCUUAUUUACAUAAGUACCUAUAUAAUACAUAAAUACUAAUGGUAUAACUUUAACUAGCUACCUAUUGUAUAAUUUUAUUUAAGUUAUAAUUACAUAGUCGUGUUGAACAUGACAUAUUAGAAGACUAAUUUUUUUUUUGUUAAGUAUUAAAACAAUUACUAUUAGAAUAAUAAGAUAAACAGUGAAAUUAUAAAAUUAUAGAAAAGAGUGUUAAAGAACACUUUUUUUUAAUGAUUCUUCAUUGCAUUUAAUCUAGAUUUAUAGAUUUAUGUCUCGAUUUUCAAUUGCCCAGUAAAUUUUUAACUGAAGAAUAAAAACAUUUUGACAACAUUUUCCUUGGACAUCGGUUAAAAUGUAAAAAUUACUCAUAAGUAGAAGUUUGUUGGGCAAAUGAAAAACAUGCAAGUAUGUAUAUAUGCAUUUCUCCUUAUUAAAUGGUUUAUUAUUAAGGGUAUAUGUAUUAUCAGAUGUCUAAUUUAUAUAAUUUAAUUAUUUAACUAAUGUAUAUUCUGAAACCCAACGCACACUUGGCCAGUUAAUAAAUAAUGAAAGUUGAAAAUAAUUUUCACAAAUUUUCUUUUCUGUUGUCAUAUUAAACUAUUACUAUUAUUUUAAUUACAUAAUCUAAGUAAACUCUAAUAACAAUAAUUGUUCUCUAUUUUUAUACAACUCUUGUCAUAAAAAAUUUAAAGUAGGUAUAACAAAAUGGUUAUUUUGACAGUAACAUACAAUAAAAACUAUUUUUAUUA